CCGGGGCUGGCCCGCUCCCCCGCGUCCGCACAGAUGGCGGCGCUGGCGGCGGUGGCCAAGAAGCUAUGGAGCAGGCGGCGGCUGCUGGUGCUGCUGAUCACGCCGCUGGCGCUGCUGCCGGUGGUCUUCGCCCUCCCGCUCAAGGAAGGCCGCUGCCUGUUUGUCAUCCUGCUCAUGGCCAUGUACUGGUGCACGGAGGCCCUGCCCCUCUCAGUGACCGCCCUGCUGCCCAUCACCCUCUUCCCCAUCUUGGGCGUCCUGCCGUCCAGCGUAGUCUGCCCCCAGUACUUUCUGGACACCAACUUCCUCUUCCUCAGCGGUCUGAUCAUGGCCAGCGCCAUUGAGGAGUGGAAUCUGCACCGGAGAAUCGCCCUCAAGAUCCUGAUGUUCGUUGGAGUCCAGCCAGCCUGGCUCAUCCUCGGAAUGAUGAUGACCACCUCCUUCAUGUCCAUGUGGCUGAGCAACACUGCCUCCACCACCAUGAUGCUGCCCAUCGGCAGCGCCAUCCUGAAGAAUCUCUUUGGCCAGAAGCAGACUCGGGAGGACCUCAGCUGGGAGAGUGAAGAGAACGCAGCUCCUGCGCAGACCAAAGACCUGCGUACUGUGCCCACGGAGAUGCAGUUUCUUGCCAGCACAGACGACAAAGGCUGCCGCGAGGAGGCAGAGGCUCCGUUGGAUCUUCCAGCCGACUCCACGAAGGAGGAGGAACAUCGCAGAAAUAUCUGGAAGGGCCUCCUCAUCUCCAUUCCCUACUCAGCCAGCAUCGGGGGCACUGCCACCCUCACAGGCACACCCCCCAACCUCAUCCUGCUCGGUGGGCUCAAGAGUUUCUUCCCGAAGUGCGAUGUGGUGAAUUUCGGCUCCUGGUUCAUUUUUGCCUUCCCGCUCAUGCUGCUGUUCCUGUUGGCGGGCUGGCUCUGGAUCUCCUUCCUAUAUGCGGGAAUGACCUUCAGGGGCUGGAGGAAGAAGAAAUCUGAGGGCAGAGCUGGUGCACAAGAUAGGGCUCAAGCUAUAAUUCAGGAGGAAUUCCGGAGUCUGGGGCCCAUGAAGUUUGCUGAACUGGCCGUUUUCAUCCUUUUCUGCAUGUUCGCCAUUCUCCUCUUCUUCCGGGACCCGAAGUUCAUCCCUGGCUGGGCCAAUCUCUUCCCCACUGGGUUUACUUCUGAUGCUGUCACCGGUGUGGCCGUUGUCACCAUCUUGUUCUUCUUCCCGUCCCAAAAGCCCUCUCUCAAGUGGUGGCUUGACUUGAAAGCUCCCACCACAGAGAUGGAGCCCCUGCUGACGUGGAAGAAGGCCCAGGACUCCGUCCCCUGGAACAUCAUCCUUCUCCUGGGAGGGGGCUUCGCCAUGGCCAAAGGCUGUGAGCAGUCGGGGCUGUCCGUGUGGAUCAGUGACCAGCUGCACCCGCUGGAGAACGUGCCGCCCAUGCUGGCCGUCCUGAUCGUCACCCUGGUCAUCAUCUUCUUCACCGAGUUUGCCAGCAACACGGCCACUAUGAUCAUUUUCCUGCCUGUCCUGUCAGAGUUGGCCAUCCACCUGAGGGUGCACCCCCUGUACGUGAUGAUCCCUGCCACCGUGGGCUGCUCCUAUGCCUUCAUGCUCCCUGUCUCGACGGCCCCCAACUCGAUCGCCUUUGCCUCGGGACAUUUGCUGGUCAAAGACAUGGUGCGGGCUGGCUUCCUGAUGAACCUGAUAGGCCUCGUGCUGCUCAACGUGGCCAUCAAUACCUGGGCACAGGCGGUCUUCCAGCUGGGCACCUUCCCAGACUGGGCCCGCCACCACUUGGCCAAUGUCACGGCACUACCAACCUCAUUUGGGGCCAACAACACGCUACGGGCCCUCUGAGUCCCCCUUGGAGACUCUCUGCAGCCCGGGCCCUCCCAGAAGGCUUUGCCGUCACCUGCUGUUAGGAUGAGACAGGACGAUCAAGCGAUUCUCUGUGAACCAGUAUGCAGCAAGCAAGGUCCUCCUGGGUCAACGAGUUCAUUUAUCUAGUACACCUUUUCCUCUCUCAUGCAGUUCAGGGCCCUGAUAUUUCCCAGACCUGCUGCCUGAGAAACAACCUCCUUUCUCUCUGAGCUGGAAUGUGGUUAGGAUGCAAGAAAGCCCAAUUUCAGCAACAACAAGCAAAUCUAGAACGGUAUCUGUCCUGCCGUGGGCUCCACCAUUGGAGCCAAAGGCUCCUGAACAGUUGGGAUGGAAAGCUAUCCCCCACCCCAUGGGCCCAGCUGAUGAUCCCCACUGGCUUCUGUAGGUUGCACUCUGGAGGGACCGUCCUGUCUAGGGGUCUCCUUCCUGGGAGGGGGUUUUGGGCAGCAGUGUUCCUUCCGGUUCACUCAUCCCCACUGCCCACGGCUGCUAUGUGUUCUGUUCAGCUGGUGCCCAUUCUGCACCAGCUGCUUGACUGUUUCCCCGCUGAUACCCAGCAGACAGGGGAAUUUUCAAUCCGUGCAGACAGGAGGAGGGACAGAGGACUCCCUGAGGACAUGGAGACUGUGCGAAGCCUCCUUGCUGUCUCUCGGGGCUCCCAAGUGCAUCUAGAAACCCCCGCUGACAUCGCUACACAAGCUUUUAGGUUUUUCUGUUUAAUCUGAUUCGGUUGGGCCAUAACUCUGGAGUUGGGCCACGCCUGGGCCCUGCCCUCUGGCAGGUGAGUCACAGCACUCACCGCCGGCCAGGACCCUGCUGCACGGGGCCCACAGCGACCUUCGUGGCUGCUGUGUGUUCAUCAGCUGGUCAUUACCGGCUACCCAAAGUGGUCAGCAUGUUUGAUUAGCAAAGGCCACAUUUUUCAGGGGUGAGAGAAAAGUCAAAAGAUAAACCAGGGCCUUGCAAAGGGCCAGGGUAAAAACUCUCAGGCAGGCAAAUAUCAUAAUCCUCCUCUGCAGAUACGCAGCCUGAGACUUUCCGUGAGCCAGCUGCUGGCAGGGGCUCUCCCAGGGGAUUUGAUCACUCCUGGUUUCCAGCGGAAACCUCUGGGUAUCUCCAGUGAACAGUAUGGUAUCGGGCCCGGCGGAAGCUCCGGCAGUGUGUGUAGAAUGAACGAGUGGCCCAGCGUCAGCACCACCUGAGGAGCCCCUUCCCGCACCUGUGAGGGAUGGGGCUCCUCGAGCAGCUGCGUGGGCCGAGCAGGCAGUUCCCAGAGGCUGGACUCACCCUCCGUGCAGCAGGAGCGAGCCGUGGACGUUUCCCCGGAAGCCGUGCGGAGGCUGGGGGAGAGGCCCCCUGGGCUGGAGAACAAACUGCAGGAGCAGACCUUCACAUUUAGUCACGGUUACAGCCCCUGGGGGUGGGGGGGAGGCGCACUCCUGUGCGACG